AGAUUCUUAGUUUUUAAUUUUCAAAAUGGCAGCGUCCAUAACCUUGAAGCCAACAAUGUUUUUCUCACUUUCUCGCAACUUAUUGAAACAACAGUUAAUAAAAACUACUUUAAGGAAUUUUUGUGCAAGCGUAGAAGCUGUGGAGAGAGAUCCCUUUCCAAUUUUUUUGGAUCAAAAUGUGCAGCAGUUAUUACAUAGAGUUACAGGAUUUGACCCCUUAAAAGUGGCUGGACCUCAGAAAAGAAAGUUAAAAAGACCAACAUACAAAUUACUGACAGAUGAAGAACUAGAGCAGGAUAUUAAAAAGGCAAACGAAAGGUUACAAGCAAGGCUCCAAAUACCUCCAUACAUGAAUCCACGUAAGCCAAAGCUCACCCCUCUGAUAACUGAUCCUGAUUUGGCUGGCUUUGAUAAAUCAGACUAUGUAUUUGUAGAUGUCUCUUUUGGAUUACAUGACCGUAAACGCUCAGUUGUGAUAAGGGAUCCCCAAGGAACAUUAAAAGAAGCUUCAUGGGAUGUGAAAGAAAGAAUGAAUCAGAUUUUUAAUCCUAAAGAAGGGAAGCAGUAUUUUAAACCUAAGAUGUUUGAAGAACAAAUUUUAGAGAAAUUGAUUGCUGAUGGAAAGUAUGUUUACAUCCUAGACAGAGCUUGUUGCCAAUUUGAACCUGAUGAUCCAGAUUUUAUCAGAACUACUCAUCGUGUAUAUAAUGCAAUCAAUUCCAAAAAGGACUUUGAUGUGCUCCGGUCAACAAGACAUUUUGGUUCCAUAGCAUUUUAUUUAACUUGGAAUAAAAUGAUUGAUAACUUAUUAUUGGACAUGAUCAAUCGAGAUUUGCUAUCAGAUGCUAAGGAUCUUGUCACUCUGUACUGUAUAAUACACCCAUCAAGCAGUUGCUCACAAGUUAUAAAAGAAUUAAAGGAUGCACAACCAGAACAGAUCAUAAAGGCUUACAUAACAACAGAUGCUAAACAAAAACCUGAGCUAGAACUUUCAAUUCAAGCCUUUGAAGAUGCUAAGAGGUCAAGAGAGAAAAAGAAGACUGGAUAGUUGAUGAUAAAUAUUUUAAAAUAAAAUCUAAAUA